CAAUCGCAGGUCUUCCUGACGCUCUUAGAUCUGUAUCUAUCGUUUCCACCGUUAAUGCAAAGCAAACCGGACUCUGAGGGCGCGGAUCGGUCUGAAAAGGGCGACGAAGACAACAUAGAGGCGGCCAUACAAUUGCUGAGCCGACACUCGACCAAAAUAGAUCCGUUACGAGUGGUGAAACUGUUGCCGCCGAGUGUCCCAGUGCUGGCCAUUCGGCACUUUCUCCACUCGACGACCGAACACUUACUACAGGAGAGACACACCAAACAGAUAUACCGGCAACUAUUGCUGGCGCAGCACUUGCAGGUGCAACAGCACCGGAUCCGUUUGCAACAGUACAAUAAGGUGGUGGUCGACGAACACGACAUAUGCCGCGUCUGCCAGAAACGCAUUGGCAAAAGAAAAAAGUAG